CAGAAGCGCGGUGUGUGUGUCACCAAGCAUUCGCUCUCACUACAGGAGCGUGGUUAUUCUUUAGAAGGGAUAAGAAGCUCACUAGUGCACCGUGAACCUCUCCUAACAAUAACAACAGUUCAUAGCAGGGGCAAAGGAGUUCGAGAUACCCGGAGAAGACCCGUACUCAACAUUAAGCUAGGAGCUACACAGCUAGAAACAGAAGCUACAGCAUGUAUGCCGUGCAAUGAAACGAGUUUUUGCUGUGUAAGGAAAAGCUUCCAGAAUCCACUGAGCGCCGCAACACAAGGACAAACACCGGGGCUUCAUCUGUACUGCGCCGAGCGGGGAGACAGGCUCCAGUUUCCUCUGAGAAGAAGAGUGUUCCCUGGAGAUGUCUUGGCACCACAACCGCUUUGAGAGAGAUUAUCGCAGUGGGUGGGAUCGAAGGGAACGGUGUGUGGCCAUAAACAACGGGAUCAGCAGCAACUGUAACAGCACCAGCAACUGCAGCAGCAUCAGCAGCAUCAACAGCAAUAACCGGCCUGGUCUGCUACCAUUGCCAGUCACCCCCUCUCUGCUCCCCACUCCAGCAACCGUCGCCAGUACCACGGCGAGUAAUGACCUGGGUGCCAGCCGCGUGGUCAGCUCUUCCACUACGGCCGCUGCUAAGAUUUCUGGUAUGUCGCCAGGUGAAAACCAGUCACAAGGGCAGAUUCUUACUCCAAAUGUGAGGUGGGGACAAAGCCCCAUUAACCAGACCACACCCUGGGAAACAGAUGAACCUCCAACAAAACAGAUAAGGGAGAAUGAAGGCACGGGUUCCUCUCCGUGGGUUCCACCAGUAGCAGCAGUCAGCCAGGCAAGCCUUUUAGCCCACGCGUAUGGAAUGCCACAGCUUCCGGCCUAUAGCCAAGCAGUGAAUGUCCAGGCACCUGUAAUGGGAGUUACGCCCACUAUGCAAACUCCAGUCCUACCACAACACCCACUAAUGACAGCACAUUAUCAGCUCCCACAGCAACCGUCACAGCCUCUCACUAACAUGGUCAUGAACAGGCAAAGUCAGUCUCUUUACACGAACAGUCAGCCACCAAUCACCAUGUCCCCUUUGACCGGGGUUUGUCAGGUGACCCACCCUGUUCACACUGUAGUAGGGAAUGGUCACAUGACUCGCCCUAUGCUGCAGCCUCCUCCUCUGCCUGCCACUGCUCUGCCCAGUAGCGCACCAGUGACCAAUGGGCAAACUGCCCCUCAACCUCCCCAGCCUCCUCCCAACCCUCCAGCCAAUCAGGACAACACAAAUGGGUUGCAGAUGCUAAGGACGAUUGGCAUGGGAAAGUACGAGUUUACAGAUCCCUGGCAUCCUAAAGAAAUGUUGAAGGAGCUGAACCAGCAGCGCAGAGCGAAAGAGUUUACAGACCUGAAAAUUAUUGUUGAAGGCAAAGAGUUUGAAGUCCACCAAAAUGUUCUAGCUUCCUGCAGUUUGUAUUUCAAGGACCUGGUUAAAAGGUCGUCCCAUGAGAGCCGGAACGGUGAGAAGUUAGAGCUGACCAUGGCCAACAUAGACGCUGACGUUCUGGAACUUCUGCUGGAGUUUGUUUACACAGGCUCCCUGAUCAUAGACUCGGCCAAUGCCAAAACUCUACUGGAAGCAGCCAACAAAUUUCAGUUCAAUACUUUCUGCAAAGUUUGUGUGUCUUUCUUAGAAAAACAGUUGACUGCCAGUAACUGCCUUGGAGUGUUAGCCAUGGCCGAGGCGAUGCAGUGCACUGAACUGCACAACAUGGCCAAAGCCUUUGCCCUGCAGAACUUUCCAGAAGUCGCAAGCCAGGAGGAGAUCCUCGGUAUCUCCAAGGAGGAUUUCAUCAGCUACAUGUCAAAUGACAGCCUCAACACCAAAGCAGAGGAGCUGGUGUAUGAAACAGUGAUAAAAUGGAUUAAGAAAGAUCCUGUAAACAGAGUUCAGCACGCGUCUGAGUUGCUGGCCGUGGUGCGUUUGCCCUUCAUCCACCCCAGUUACCUGUUAAACAUUGUUGACAACGAGGAGUUGAUAAAGUCUUCAGAGGCCUGUCGGGACCUGGUCAACGAAGCGAAGCGCUAUCACAUGCUGCCACAUGCUCGGCAGGAGAUGCAGACACCAAGGACUAGACCUCGGCUGUCAGCAGGUGUUGCAGAAGUGAUCGUCCUGGUUGGAGGCCGGCAGAUCAUUGGAAUGAACCAGCGAGCCCUGACCGCCGUCACAUGUUUCAAUCCACAGAAUAACAAGUGGUACCCGUUGGCCAGCCUGCCCUUCUAUGAUCGCGAGUUCUUCAGUGUCAUCUCCGCUGGGGACAAUGUCUAUCUGUCAGGUGGAAUGGAGUCUGGUGUCACGGUCUCGGAUGUCUGGUGCUACAUGUCGCUACUCGAUAACUGGAACCUCGUGUCUCGGAUGACAGUCCCCCGCUGCCGACACAACAGCCUGGUGUAUGAUGGGAAGCUCUACACCAUCGGGGGACUGGGUGUGGCUGGAAACCUUGAUCAUGUAGAAAGGUAUGAUACCAUCACCAACCUAUGGGAGACUGUGUCACCCCUCCCUAAGCCAGUGCACGCCGCAGCUGCCACAGUGUGUGGAGGCAAAAUCUAUGUGUUUGGUGGGGUGAACGAUGCAGGAAGACCUGCAGGGGUUUUGCAGUCAUAUGUCCCUCAGACCAACACCUGGAGUUUCAUAGAGUCUCCCAUGAUAGAUAACAAGUAUGCACCCGCUGUUACUCUCAAUGGAUUCAUCUUCAUCCUUGGAGGAGCUUAUGCCAGAGCCACCACCAUCUAUGAUCCAGACAAAGGAAAUAUCAAAGCAGGCCCCAACAUGAACCACUCCAGGCAGUUCUGCAGUGCUGUCGUUCUGGAUGGCAAGAUCCAUGCCACGGGAGGAAUUGUCAGCAGUGAAGGCCCAGCGCUGGGGAACAUGGAAACAUUCGACCCUUGUACGAACGUCUGGACACUCUUGCAAAACAUGCCUUGCCCGCUUUUCAGGCAUGGCUGCGUAGUUAUUAAAAAGUACAUCCAGAGUGGUUGACAGUACAGGACAUAAUGAUCUCUUGUAGCAGUUUGUAUGUAAAAAAAAAAAAAAAAAAAAAAAAAAAAAAAAAAAAAAAAAAAAGAAUAAAAAAUUGCUCCUUUUUUUAAAAUAUUUGCCUACAUUGACUGUAGAUGUUCACCCUUGUUAUUCAGUGAAACAGGGGUGAGAGCCCUUCUGUAACAUAGUGUAACUUAUUGAAUCUACACGAGCACCACAAAGUGGUACAGUGGUACAGUGGUACUUGUUGCUAAGCUGUGCUGUUAGUUUCAUUCAUGUGAUGGAUUUCUUGUUGAUUUUAUGUUCUUCAUAUAGAGCAAGAUCUGUACAAUUAAACCUCAUGCAAUUCUCUUAAUUUAGCAGGUGAACAUUAUUGUUAUUAAUAUUUUUUGUCAGGAGACAUAUUUUACUUUAGUAUUGACCCAGGAGGGAAGUUCUAUCCACUUUUGCUAGCCAUGCCCAGGUAUAAGUGUCUGGUAGUGCAAUUCUGUCAAAAGCACUUCCUUUACAAGUGACACAUGAACACUCAUAAUCAGGACAUACUGAUAGGAGUGGUCCCCUUUCUGCGUUUGGGGGUCUGUGCACUCUGGCCUGGGUACAGAUGGUUGCUACAUGUGACAUAAGUCCCUGUUGACAUGUGGUAUUUGAAGUGAUGAACUUUCUCUGUGGUAGGGGAUAGGAGGACUGGAAACGUACCUCCAUGUAAGGGAUGGAAUCCACACCUCCUGCCAUGGCCAGAGCAUGGAAAACAAUGAACUCUGGAUAGAAUUUUUUUAUUUUUUAACCAAGCUGGUACGCAAAGGGAUGUGUAUACUGUAAAUGCAAAAUGUUUCUGAAAAGAUGGUUUAUUUUACAAAUUCAAAGUCACGACGUGUACAUGAUUUUAGAAAAUAGGUAGAUAAAAAUUAAACCUGUACUUAAAUAAAAUGCAAACGUCAAGGUGUUAUGAAAGUGUAUGUAAAGUAGUAAUGUUGUAUAUAGAAGCAUAAGGAAACAAUGCUUUGUAAAAAAAAAAAAAAAAAAGAUAACGGGAGAUAUUCUUGUGUACUGGUUCAUGUGUAUAGUACACCAGUGUAGGAGACCCUUAAUUGUAUACAAGUGUCUGAUCACCUUACAGUAUUGUCAACAUUCUGCAAAUGUCUGCACUGUGUAGUAUCGGCAGCCCAAAGAAUUCGGUCGUAUCCUCCAGACUGUCUUAUUUUGUCCUAACAGCCAAUUGCUGUAGGGAUAGCAGUAUGAGCAGUGUUUUCCAGAGUGACACAGCAGAGUUACUCACCAGCCACAAGUUUUAACCCUCCUGAAGUAUCGCACGCUGACCAUACAAAAAAACCCUCACUUUUCUAUUUGCAACAGAAAUAUUUUUUGAGAAUGUAUACCCGAAAUUUACAAAUUAAAAGUUGUAAUAAAAAAAUACUGUAGAAAGAUAAAAAGCACACUGUUGUACACAACGCCAUUUGGAAAUAACCAUGGCAUACUUGUACAGCAUUUCAUAGGAGCCAUACUAUAGGCUGGUUAAAUGCUAGAAGAAUACUUUUCAGCAAUAAACUUGUUCUUGGGAAGUGAAAUAAGAAGCCAUUUCAGAAAUCUCAUUCCUAUCUAACUGCACUGUAAAUCAUAAAGGACAUUGACGUUCUUUCAGUCUUCAUUGUGUUGGAGACAAGCUGACGGGGGAGCUGUGUGGGAAUGCACAAAAGCAGUUUAGGAAGGAGAACAAUAGAACCUAACAGUUCUCUCAGUAACACCCAGGCAGUGUUGAGGAUAGAUACUGAAACCAUGCAAACCAGCAUAUGGUCUUGAUAAAGUUUUGAAUGCCUUUCUUUACUCUGUAAAAACAAUAUAUAAAAAUAAAAGUCACAGAAAAGAAAACACAAA